GUGCGUCGUGGCAGGUGGGCGGUGAUGAAGAAAGGGCGGAAGCUCCCGCUUGAGGGUAGACGCCACGGCCUCCGCUCCCGCGCGUUGUUGUCCUGCCUUACCGCGCUUGGAAACUCUGACUUGCGAGCCCUGGUCAGAGAGGAGCCUGGAGGGGCCACCUAAGCUCUGCACAAGGAAUUCAUGCAACUCUGUAGAAAUGAAGACUGACCUGAACUUAUUAUUGGAGUGUCUAAAGUAUCAAAUGGAUAAUGCUUUUUCACAAAAGGAAGCUUUGGUCACUAUUCAUUCAAUUUGUCAACAAAACAGUAAUGCAAGUGUUUAUUUUCGGGAAAUUGGUGGUUUGAUGUUUGUAAAAAAUCUUGCGAAGUCAAGUGAACAUAGCAUGGUAAAAGAAGCAGCCUUAUAUACAUUAGGAGCUAUUGCAGAGAAAAAUGUUUACUGUCAGCAGACUUUGUGUACUUCAGAGUUGUUUGAAGACUUAACUUGGUUCUUAUCUAAUGAUUCAAACAUAAAUUUGAAAAGAAUGUCUGUUUAUGUUAUUUUGGUUCUGGUUUCAAAUAAUAGGACCGGACAAACACUCGUGAGAGAAACAGGUUGUAUUACAGUUCUGUCACGGUUAUUCAGGACAGUUAUUUCAAAACAUGAGUUGGAUUUGUCAGAUAAAAAUGUUUUCCAGAGUUAUCAGUUGUGGUCUUCAGUGUGUAGUACUCUGUGUGUCUGUGUCAACAAUCCUCAAAAUGAUGAGAAUCAAAUGUUUUGCUGUUCCCUUUUUCCACAUGCUAAUGAAUGGCUAAAAAAUUGCAUGACACCUGAGAUAAUUCGCCCUAUUUGCUCAUUUAUUGGACUCACUCUUGCAAAUAACACUACUUUUGGGAUAGUACUCUCCAAGUACCACAUUGUUUCAAAACUUCUGGCAUUACUGCUUCAUGAAAGUCUGGAUUCAGGAGAAAAAUUUAGCAUCAUGCUUACUCUUGGUCAUUGCACAGAGGAUUGUGAGGAAAAUCAGUAUGACCUUUUUAAAAACAAUGGGCUUCCACUCAUGAUUCAAGCCUUAACUGAAUCGCAGAAUGAGGAACUGAACAAAGCUGCCACAUUUGUGCUUCACAACUGCAAAAAAAUUACUGAGAAAUUAUCUCUAAGUCUAGGAGAAUAUCCUUUUGAUGAAAAUGAAACACAGCAAUUAAAGGACAUAAGUGUGAAGGAGAAUAAUCUUGAAGAGCACUGGAGGAAAGCAAAGGAAAUUCUACACAGAAUAGAACAGCUUGAAAGAGAAGGAAAUGAGGAAGAAAUACAAAGAGAAAACUAUCAGGAUAAUAUUUCAUCUAUGAACAUAAGUAUUCAGAAUACAUGGAAACAUCUCCAUGCAGAUCAGAUUGGUCGAGGUAGCAAAGCAGAAGAUGAGGAUAAAAGCCAUUCUAGACAGUUACAGAGUUAUAAGUCCCAUGGAGUCAUGUCUAAAGCAUGUACAAAUGAUGACCAAAUGAAGACACCGUUAAAGAGCACAAAUCCAGUCCAUGCUUGUUACAGGGAGAGUGAGCAAAAUAAGACUUUAUAUAAAGCCAAGUCAAGCUGCAAUCAAAACUUACAUGAAGAAACUACUUUUGAAAAGAAUUUUGUUUCUCAAUCAAGUGACCAUGUUUUUAAACACCCAGUUCACAUUGCCAAAAAUAUAAAGCAGCAGUUACCAGUAACAGAUCCAUUUACAUUAUGUUCAGAUAUAAUAAAUAAAGAAGUAGUCAGUUUUCUAGCAACUCCCAGUUGUUCCAAAAUGUUGACGUAUAGGUGCUCAGGUUGCAUAGCAGUAGAAAAAUCCCUGAAUAGCCGAAACUUUAGCAAGCUCUUGCACUCUUGCCCAUACCAAUGUGAUCGUCACAAAGUCAUUGUGGAAGCUGAAGACAGAUAUAAAAGUGAACUAAGGAAAUCACUUAUCUGUAACAAAAAAAUUCUGCUGACCCCACGUAGAAGACAACGACUCAGUAAUGAAUCUACUACCCCUGGAGGAAUAAGUGAAUAUAUUUAAUUUUUUUUUUUUCUUGAGACAGGGUCUGGCUCUUUACCCAGGAUGGAGUGCAGUGGAGCAAUCUCGGCUCACUGCAGCCUCCGCCUCCCAGGUUCAAGGGAUUCUCCUGCCUCAGCCUCCUAAGUAGCUGGGAUUACAGACAUGUGCCACCACACCCUGCUGGUUUUUGUAUUUUUAGUAGAGAUGGGGUUUUGUCAUGUUGGCCAGGCUGGUCUCAAACUCCUGACCUCAAGUGAUCCGCCCACCUUGGCCUCCCAAAGUGCUGGGAUUUCAGGCAUGAGCCAUUGCACCUGGCUGAAUAUAUUUAAUUUUUAAAUGAACUUAAAUUUCAUAUAUUUCUGAGAAAGAACAGCUGAGUGGUUGUUCUCAGUCUCAUUAUUAAUGGAUCUUAAAUGAUAAACCUUGCCUCUGAUGAGGGUCAGACCUUCUAAUAAAAGAGACUUUCCUCUUCCCUUCAUGUUGCUUGCUCACUCAUUGCCUGCCAGCAGGGGAAGGAGCAGGAGGAAACUAACAUUUAUUAAGCACCUGCUAGGUGUUAGGUGUUGUAUAGAUAUUAUUUCCUUUAAUUCCUAUAGCAAUAUUGUAAGAUAUUAAUUUGCUCCUAUUGUAAGGCAUAAUUAUUAAUACUUGGUAAGUGGCAGAACUUAGAUUCAAAAAGCCAUUCUCCAGAAGCCCUUGUCUCACAUUUCUAUUUUAAGAACAAAAUUAUUAUGCACAAGUGCUUCAGAGAGACUUUGCAGGUUUUUGUUCAUAACUAUAGUGCUUGAAACAAUAAAAAUUGAAGAGACAAAUAGUAUAAACUUUAAAACUCUGCUUGAGAAAUAAAAAUGCCUCUU